GCGCUGGCUAGCAAAGCAGACAGGAAGCAGGACUGAAAGGAGUCUUUAUGUUCAACAAGAGAGGUGAGAUGUCCUCCUCCACCCUCGGCCAGUCGCGGCCUCUUGUCUCAAACCUGGAGCCUGGGAUGGGGAAAUCUGCAGCCAUGCUGGGGUUGUCAGCUGGGCUGGGGGGAGCAGAGAUGGAGCUGCAGAAGAUGCUUAUUGAUGAGAGGAUGAAAUGCGAAAACCACAGGACCAACUACCAGACGCUAAAGGCUGAACAUGCCAGCCUGCAGGAUGAGUUCACGCGGGCACAGGGUGAACUGAAGCGGCUGCUGGGCGACAGGCAGGCCCAGCAGGAGAAACUGCAGCUGCUGUUGGCUGAGCUGCGAGGAGAGCUGCUGGACAAAACCAGGGAGCUGGAGGAGCUUCGACUGCAGGUGAUGACCCCUCAGCGGUUGGAGUUGCUCAGAGCUCAGGUGCAGCAGGAGAUGGAGGCUCCAGUGAGAGAGAGGUUCAACAAACUGGAGGAGGAGACGGAGAAGUACAGGUCUGAGUACAACAAGCUGCGGUAUGAGUUCACUUUCCUCAAGUCCCAGUUUGACCACCAGAGGGAAGAGCAUGCUCGUAUCCUGGAGGAGAGGAGGAUUCGCUAUGAGGCAGAGCUCUCUCGUCUGGAGAAGGACAGGGAGGACCUGGUGGCUCAGUACCAGGGUUCGGACUCAAUGCGUGACGGGAAACGAGUGGAGGCUCUGCUGAGGGAGAAAGCCCAGCUCCACCUGCGGCUAAAGGGGCUGGAGGCGGAGGUGGCCGAGCUCCGAGCCCAGAAAGAGAACUCGGGUCAGCAGGCUGAGAACGUCCAACGUAUCCAGAUCAGACAGCUGUCAGAGUCUCAGGCUGCAGUGAAGUCACUAGAGGCGGAGCGUCAGUCGUUGCGCCUGCAGCUUGAGCGGAUGGAGAGCGAGCUUCACCAGAGCCACGAGCAGAACAGCCAGCUCACCGGACGACUGCACAAAGCUGAGAGAGAGGUCAACUCCCUCACCUGUCAGAUUGAAAGUCUGAAGCAUUCACACAAACUGGAGGUGGCCAGCGUCAAACUGGAGUGUGCCCGCUCUAGAGGGGAGGUGGAGAGGGAGAGAGACACACUGCAGGGGCAGAGAGAUGGUCUGCAGGCAGAUGUGGAGGUGCUACAAGCUGCAGUGGAGCGACACAGAGAGGUUGUGGUGGAGAAGGAGAGGGAGAUGGUGAGGAAAGUGCAGUCUGCCCGGGAGGAGGAGUUCCGCAAAACUGCAGUUUUACAUGAGGAAAAGUUGGAGUUGGAGAACCGUCUCGCAGCACUGGAACAGCAGAGGGCAUUGCAGGACGCUGCAGAACACGCCCAGAAGGAGGAGUGGGAGGAACGGGUCCGUAGUGCCCAGCAAGGCGAGGAGUCAACCCGCAGGGAAGUGCAGAACCUGAGAACAAAACUUCAGCAGCAAAGUUCACAGCUUGAGGAGCUGGAGAGACAGAGAGCAGAGAUAUCUGAGCUGCAGCAGCAGAACCAAGAUCUAGGUGUCCAGCUGGGGACGCUGUCGCACUCUGAAAGUGACUUGAUGGAGACCAACCAGCGCCUCAGAGAAACCCUGGACAGAGUCAGAGAGGAGCUGAGGACGGCCCGAGGCCAGGCUGAGAAGAGCCAGCACGAGGCAGAGAGGAUGUUGGAAGACCGUCAGGUUGAGUGGUUGGAGGAGAAACACAAGCUGCAGGACCGAGAGGCCGAGCUGCAGCAGAAAUACUCUCAGGUCAAAGAGAAACUGCAGAGGGCAGCGGUGGCUCAGAAGAAGAGGAAAACACUGACAGAGAACAAAGAGAAGAGGCAACAGGAUAAGAUCCAGCUGAUGGAGGCAAAGUUAGAAGAGCUGGAGCUGGAAGCUGCUGCAGCAAAGAAACGUUCAUCAUUCUCAGAGGAACAAGCUCAACUCAGCAGACGGAUGAAGGAGCUGCAGCGACGACACAACGAGUUUCGACGCCUCCUACUGGGAGGCCAGGGUCCGUUCAGCGCAGGCCCUGCGUACCUGACCUCCUCACCCACCCCCCUCCUCCUCCUCGGGUCUGAGGGGCCGUUAUCCAACAUCCCAGAGGAGCAGCAUCAGAGGGAGCUCUCUCUGCUGCGUAGGAGGCUGGAGGAUCUGGAAAGUGCCCAGCAGCAGCAGCUGGAGGAACUGGGAUCUAUGGUGCAGAGGGAGCGGGACCCCAGUCUCCAGCCUGACCUCUGACCCCUACACUGCAGAGUGAGG